AUGCACUUCAUGGCACAUAGUCUGGCUUUAGAGCUCAGGCGAGAGCUCGAAGGCACCGGUUCAGAGAUAUCAUAUGUUGGGUCGGAAAAGUACCAUGAAAACAUCAAAUCGUGGUCCGAUACAUGCGAGAAGGAGGCUGGAGCAAUUGUUAACGUCACGUCGACUGAGGCGGUCUCCAAAACGAUCACAUUCGCCCGCAAUCAUCAUAUCGAGUUUGUGAUUAAAGCAGGCGGGCAUUCCACGAGCAGCGAGUCUGCAACCCGUGGUGGCAUCCUGAUAUGUCUCUCUAGAAUGCGAAAUGUCUCCGUGGAUCCCCCAUCUCAUACCGUACGCGUCCAAGGAGGUGCUAUCUGGGACGAUGUCAAUACUGCCACUGCUGCUCAUGGACUCGCCGUUGUCGGAGCCACUGCCAGUGAGACAGGAGUUGGCGGAUCGACACUGGGUGGAGGCUAUGGAUGGCUUACAGGGCAGUACGGAUUGAUAGUGGAUAGCCUCCUCAGUGUGACUAUCGUUCUCGCCGACGGAAGCGUUCUCGAAGCGUCUCAGGAUACGAAUAAAGAUCUUUUUUGGGCUAUUCGCGGCGCAGGCCAGGCCUUCGGAGUUGUGACAGAGCUAGUCUUCAAGGCAUACGACAUGCCCAGUGAUAUCUUUGGUGGCUUGCUCUACUUUACCCCCGCUAAGCUCGACAAGGUCGUGCAGUUCGCGAACUGGUUUGAUAAAAAGCAGGACGAGCGCAGCGGAUUCUUCUUUGGAUUCAGGGCCCUCUCGCCGGUGGAAGAGACUUUGGUCAUGGCACUGCUUUUUUACAAUGGUUCCAAGGAAGAAGCAACCACUUUCUUCGCUCCUCUACUCUCAUUGCAAGCUAGCCUGGGGGAUGCUGGUAUGAUGUCCUACACGCAGUUGAAUCGUCUCGGCAAUAUCGAGCCAACCCCAGCAGGCCGAAAGGCCAUGGGUGGAACCAAUAUCACGUUUCCACUAGAUACAAAACUCGCCCACGAGCUCUGGUCCGGCUUCAAUCAGAUCACGGGGGCCUAUCCGGAGGCAUGCGCGAGUGUAUUGGCGUUCGAGCUUUUACCAUACUCCAAGGUUAUCAGUGUACCGGUGACAGCAACUGCUUGUGCUAACCGGGGCUGCUUCUAUAAUGUCGGCUUGCUGCUGUGCUGGCAGAACCCUGACCAUGAUGCAGUGAUGGACCAAUAUCGGCGGGCGAUUGUAGCAAAGAUUCAGUAUUCACAGCAUGAGUUGAACCGCGGUGAACAUGCGGUAUCAUAUCCCAAUUAUUCUGGGCACGAUUUCAGUUCUGGAUCGCUCUUUGGAACAAACCUGCCUCGUUUGCAGGAGCUGAAAAAGAUAUAUGACCAGAAUAAUUUCUUCCGCAAGUGGCAAAAUCUGCUGAAGCCGUAUUAA